AUACGAAUUUAAAUGUGAACUUAUAUACAUAUAUUAAAAAUAUAAUUACAAUUUCUCAAACAAAGAGGUUCGAAUCAAAUUGAUUAUUUUUAUUAAAAAGUGUGAGUCCACGAAGGUGAGUCUCUUAGUUGGGUCUCGUAAGAAAACAAAUCGAGAUGAAAAAUAAAUAAAUAAUAAUAAUAAAUAAAUAAACAUAAUAAUAAUAAUAAUAGCAACAAUGAGUAUAAAAAGCCCACGAAACCCUAAACUAAAAAAAACAGCCGUCAUUCUCCUCCUUCUUUCUCUUCUUGUUCCUUCCUCCCUCACUCCCGCAUUCUCCCCUUCCCGCACAAGUAGCCCAGCAGCCGCAGAGACACCAGCGACCUCUCCCCUCCCCUUGCGCCACCAGUGAACAGCUAGGCUGCCAUCAGCUGCUGCACGUCUCACAGAACACCACCAGCAGCACCCGUUUUCCCUCCUCGCUCGCAGCAAACAACCGCAGCUGCUGGCCAUUUUUUUUUGGGCUAUUUUCAGCCGGUUCUGGGCUGUGGCGCCGCCUCCACGAGGUACUCAGUAUAUAAGAGGGUCGUAAAACCUCACCUUGGCUAAUUAUUGUGGCUUUUGGUCGUAUUGUAGCAGUUUCAGGAGUUAUGUUUAAAAAGAGGAGCGUGAAGACCUGCAUUCUACCCAAGAACACAUGGUUCGGCAGGAGGAUUAUAGACUGGCGUAGCAGGGGUCGGAAAUUUUGGGUGGUUACACUUUUCUUUAGACCUUUAUAUCGCCACGUAUCUAUCUAUGUCUUGGAGCAGCUCCAGCUUGAGUAUAACCGCAUGUUAGAACUGGGUGAUGAUGUAUUAAACAAAUGCGGUUAUGUACUUCAACAAACCCAAGGAUUGCCGUGUGCAUGUUAUUUACAUAUGUGCAUCGGUUCACAUGGUGCUUUGUAUGUGGAUGACAUUCAUCAAUUCUGGAGUACUUUGAGGUACACAGAGGUCGAAGACGAGACCUACGAAGGAGUACGAUACGCGAACGCCAAUGACAUAGAGUACUUUCAAUCUCUGGUCGAUGAAGUCCUUAAAUCUGAUCCCGCUGUUGUACGCCGAAUGUCUCAGAGAGCAAUACCAAAGUUUGUAUCUAUCCCAGGAGUCGUUAGACGAGGCUAUAUUCAGAAUAGUAAUGCUGACCCGAUGUACAACUGUUUGAGAUUGCUCUAUAAUCUCGAGCCGGGGGACUCUUUUGGUCGCGCUCUCCUUUAUGGAUAUGAAUUGCCGUCGUUCUUCUCUCCUCAGACCCUGUCCAAAGCUUUUCUAUGUGCGGGAUACACUGGGUAG